AAGAUGUCAGCUACGUAGCGCACGCCUUGUGAGUCACACACCGGGGAUGCUGAGCUUUAUUAUACUAAAUUUGUUAAGAGUAUGCUAAUAUUCUGUAUUUUUAAGUUUAACAUAUUUAGAAUAGCUUAAUUAGCAAGUGUCUCAGCAAUGUUUCGACAAACGAAGACGGCGCUCCAGAAGCUUCGAUGUGUGCGUUUUAAUGGGCAGCAGCAGCAAACAUGGAGGUUGAAGAGCAUCUCAGCAAGAGAAAAGGCACUUCAGUACCAGCCAGAGCAGAAAAUCCACGGCUUUACUGUCAGAGAGGUUGUAGCAGUACCUGACUUGUGUCUCACAGCCGUGAAGUUGACCCAUGAUAAAACUGGAGCGCAGUAUUUGCACGCAGCCAGGGAUGACUCGGACAAUCUCUUCAGUGUCCAGUUCAGGACCACCCCCAUGGACAGUACUGGGGUCCCCCACAUCCUGGAGCACACGGUGCUGUGUGGGUCUGAGAAGUAUCCUUGUAGGGACCCCUUCUUCAAGAUGCUCAACCGCUCCCUGUCUACGUUCAUGAACGCCUUCACAGCCAGUGACUUCACCAUGUACCCGUUCUCCACCCAAAAUGGAAAGGACUUCCAGAAUCUGCUGUCCGUCUAUUUGGAUGCCGUUUUCUUUCCUUGUUUACGAGAGCAAGAUUUCUGGCAGGAAGGCUGGAGGCUGGAGAAUGAAAAUCCCACAGAUCCCAGCUCCUCGCUGGUGUUUAAAGGAGUGGUGUUCAACGAAAUGAAAGGAGUCUUUUCGGACAAUGAGCGUCUGUACGCCCAACACCUACAAAAUAAACUGUACCCAGACCACACGUACGCUGUGGUGUCCGGAGGAGAACCGCUGGCCAUCCCAGACCUGACCUGGGAGCAGCUCAAACAGUUCCACGCCACACAUUACCAUCCCAGCAACGCCAGGUUCUUUACUUAUGGAGACUUGCCCCUGGAGAGUCAUCUGCAGCAGAUCCAAGAAGAAGCUCUGUGCAAGUUUGAACGCAUCAACCCAAGCACAGCUGUCCCCCCUCAGCCUCACUGGGACAGUCCCAGAGAAGCGCACGUGACCUGCAGCCCUGACGCUCUGGCUCCAGAUCAAAGCAAGCAGAACACCCUGUGUGUGAGCUACCUGCUGGGAGACAUCACUGAUACAUUUGAAGGAUUCACUCUCAGCCUGCUGUCGUCCCUGAUGGUCUCUGGACCAAACUCCCCCUUCUAUAAAGCUCUCAUCGAACCCAAAAUAGGAAGUGACUUCUCCUCGGUGGUUGGAUAUGAUGGGAGCACCAAAGAGGCGUCGUUUAGCAUCGGACUGCAGGGGAUGGCUGAGGAGGACACGGAGAGGGUCAAACACAUCAUCAGCCAAACCAUCGAGGACGUUAUAAAGAAUGGCUUUGAGGAAGAGAGGAUUGAGGCUCUCCUUCACAGGAUAGAGAUCCAGAUGAAGCAUCAGUCCACAAACUUUGGGCUGUCUCUGGCCUCGCACGUCGCUUCAUCGUGGAACCACAACGGCGACCCGGUGGAGCUGCUGAACAUCAGUGAUAGUGUUUCCAAGUUCAGACAGGCUCUGAAAGAAAACCCCUGCUUUCUUCAGGAAAAAGUCAAAAGCUUCUUUAAGGAUAACACACAUCGACUGACCCUGAAGAUGAGCCCGGACGAGGCCUAUCUGAAAAAACAAGCCGAGGCCGAGGAGAAGAAGCUUCAGGAAAAGAUUCAACUUCUAACGGAUGCUGAUAAAAAAGAGAUUUAUGAGAAAGGUCUGGAGCUGCUGGCUGCUCAAAGUCAAGUUCAGGAUGCUUCUUCUCUGCCUGCGCUCCAAGUGUCUGACAUCGAGCCCACCAUACCCAUCACCCCAGUUCAGAUGGGCACUGCAGGUGGUGUGCCGGUUCAGUACUGCGAGCAGCCCACCAACGGGUUGGUGUACUUCAGAGCCAUGUGCAAUCUCAACACUCUGCCAGAGGACCUCCGAGUUUAUGUCCCGCUCUUCUGCAGCGUUGUCACCAAGAUGGGCUGUGGAGCUCUGGACUACAGACAGCAGGCCCAGCAGAUGGAGCUGAGGACAGGGGGGAUGUCUGUUUCCAGUCAAGUCGUCCCGGACUCCACCCAGAUAGACACGUUUGAGCAGGGUGUCCUCUUGUUCUCCUCCUGCCUGGAAAGGAACCUUCCUCACAUGUUUCAGCUGUGGAGCGACAUCUUCAACAGUCCCCAUUUUGACGACGAGGAGCGACUCAGAGUGCUGGUGAUGAUGUCAGCUCAGGAGCUGGCCAAUGGUAUCUCCUACUCUGGUCACAUGUACGCCGUGACCCGAGCGAGCCGUCACCUGACGCCAGCUGGAGGCCUUCAGGAGACUUUGGGUGGGAUGGAACAGGUGAAGUUUAUGAAGAGGAUGGCUGAGACGCCAGACCUCGUUCACGUCAUCCGAACAUUACCCAGGAUCAAGAAGCACCUCCUCAACCCCGACAACAUGAGGUGUGCGAUCAAUGCAACUCCUCAGAAAAUGUCCGACUCGGCAGCAGAGCUGGAGACUUUUAUGAAGGACGUAGCUGAAAACAAAAAAGAACGCAAACCCGUAAGGACAAGCAUCAUUAAGAAACCACUUGACCCUCUGGAAGUUUCUGGGCCGAGUAGGAGUCUCAUAACUGAGCCAGAUUUCCAGCCGUGUCAGAUGAAGACGUUCUUCCAGAUGCCUUUCCCAGUGAACUUCGUCAGCGAGUGUAUUCGUACGGUGCCGUUCUGCCACCAGGAUUUUGCCAGUUUGUGCAUUUUAGCGAGGAUGAUGACGGCAAAGUUUCUACAUGGGGAAAUCCGGGAGAAGGGCGGAGCCUAUGGAGGCGGAGCCAAAAUGGGAGGCAGCGGCGUGUUUUCUUUUUAUUCCUACAGGGAUCCAAACUCAGUGCAGACACUAUCUGCAUUUCAUAAAGGUGUGGAAUGGGCCAAAUCAGGACAGUUCUCUCAACAAGACGUGGAUGAAGCCAAGCUGUCGGUCUUCUCUGCUGUGGACUCACCUGUGGCCCCCUCAGACAAAGGAAUGGGUCGUUUCCUCAGCGGCAUCACAGACGAGAUGAAACAGAGUCACAGAGAGAAGCUUUUCGCCGUUGAUCAGAAAAGUUUGGUGGAUGUGGCUGAAAGGUACCUCAGUGCCGGUCAGAGGACGUGUGGCGUUGCCAUCCUGGGCCCAGAGAAUGAUACGAUCAAAAAAGAUCCUUCGUGGAUCUUAAAAUAAUAUUUAGUAGGUAUUUUAUGACUGAACACUUCUCUUAAAUGGACUUUAUACUAAAAACCAA